UUUGAUAACCAGUUUUUGACAAUGACAAUUCCACUUGCUCCAGCAAUAUUCGAGAAAUUCGACAAGAAAUUAAUAUAGAAAGUUAUACACAACGUAACAUACAAUAAAUUUAUUUAAUUACUGUACGAGACACGUGUUCGCGCGUUAUCGGUUCCAAAAAUACUGUUCGUUUGUCGUCGCAGUUAAGUUGUGUUUACUCGUCGUUGGGACACGUAAGUGAUUAGUGUUUUGGUUCGAUGCGCUUAAAAAUACGUAAAUAUGAAUCGGUUUGAGAUUCUUGUGUUGUGUUUGUGUGUCGCUCUGUCGGUUUCGGAGUUAUUGGGGCCGGAAACUCGUAAGGACUCUGAAGACAGUGAGGAUGAAGACGACUUGGAGAGUUUGGAUAGUACGACGCGAGUCGACGCGGAAUACAUCAAGGAGUUGACGGAUGCGGUCAACAAGGAGAUCAUGACGCUGAAGGAGUACGCCGAUGUAAUGAAAACCAAGGAGCUGCCGAAGGAAGAUGAAGAUAAAAAAGCAUUUACAGAUCCUCACCUAGAGCAAAUGGCGUACACAUUGAAACUCUUGCAGAAGAGUCUGCUGAGGCAAACGGAACCGAGCUGGGUUGAACAGAAGAACAUGGAUCAAAGCAGUGAUCAGGAGAGAAUAGAUGUAGAGAGUCCACAAUACAUUUUGGACAGUUUACCACCAUUACCUGAAGAAGAAGAACCAGAGUUAACACCUGAGAUGAAAGAAGCCAAAGAGCUAUACGACGCCGCCAUGUCGAAGCUCAACAAGCGGACUCCAGACCUUCGGGCCUCCAUACUGCAGAUCAAGCAGGCGGCUGAGGUCGGCUACGUGCCGGCUAAGAUCAAGCUGGCCUGGUCUUACGUGUUCGGGGAGGGUGUAGAACUUGAUGCGGAGAAGGCCAAGGGGAUAUUCGAAGUGUUGGCGGAAGAGGGGAACGCCGAGGCUCAUGCGGGCAUGGGCUUCCUCUACGCAACCGGUAUAGCGGUCCCGGUGUCCCAGGCGAAGGCGCUGGUGCACUACACGAUGGGAGCGCUGGGUGACAGCUCAUUCGCGCAGAUGGCGCUCGCGUACCGAUACUGGAGCGGCGUCACGGUCCCCAGCUCGUGUUCCAAAGCCCUGGAUCUAUACAUGAAGGUUGCUUCUAAAGUGGCCAGCCAGGUAACAUUCAGUGGAGGUCCAGCGAUACACAGGACUCGUCUGAUGGACGAGGCGGAGAGCGGCGGCGCCGGCGCUGCGCUCGACAGUGACCUCAUAGAAUACUACCAGCUACUCGCUGAAAAGGGAGAUGUGCAAGCGCAGGUCGGUCUAGGCCAGCUACACUUCCAAGGCGGUAGAGGAGUUACCCUGGACGUGAACAAGGCAAUGCACUACUUCCAACAGGCCGCUAAGACAGGCAACGCGGUCGCCAACGCGUUUCUUGGCAAGAUAUACUUAGAAGGAGGCGAAGGUAUCAAACCGGACAAUGAGACUGCGCUCCGAUACUUCAGAAAAGCGGCGGAACUGAACAAUCCAGUGGGACAGAGCGGUCUAGGGUUUAUGUACUUACAGGGUCGUGGAGUGCCGAAGGAUACGAAUGUAGCGUUCAAAUAUUUCACAAUGGCCGCCAACCAGGGUUGGGUUGAAGGACAGUUGCAUUUGGGCUUCAUGUACUUUGGCGGCAUCGGCGUGGCGCGCGACUUCAAGCAAGCGAACAAGUACUUCUCGUUGGCGUCGCAGUCGGGCCACGUGCUCGCGCUGUACCACCUCGGACAGAUGCACGCGCAAGGGCUCGGGGUCAUGAUGUCUUGCACCACGGCUGUUGAGCUGUUCAAGAACGUGUGCGAGCGCGGGUCGUGGGGCGCGCGGCUCAUGUUGGCGCACGCGGCGCAGCGCGCGAGGGACUCCGACUCCUCCUUCCUGCAGUACCUCGCGCUCGCCGAGAGGGGCUACGAGGUCGCGCAGAGCAACGCCGCCUUCCUGCUCGAUAACGGCGAGGCGCGGCUGUUCGGCGAGCGCGAGCGCUGGGCGCGUGCACUGCAGCUGUGGGCUCGUGCGGCGGCGCAGGGCAGCGGCGGCGCGCGCGUCAAGCUCGGCGACUACCACUACUACGGGCUCGGCACGCCCGUCGACCUCGAGGCCGCCGCGCAUCACUACAGGAUAGCCUCGGAGCAGCUGCACAACCCGCAGGCGAUGUUCAACCUGGGCUACAUGCACGAGCGCGGGCUGGGGCUGGCGCGCGACGUGCACCUGGCCAAGCGCUGCUACGACCUGGCGGCGGAGGCGGCGCCGGACGCGCGCCUGCCCGCCGCGCUGGCGCUGGCCCGCCUCAACGCAGAGGCCGCGCUGCACCAGCUCGCGCAGUCCAUAUUGCAGAGUCCUCUCGCUAUGAUAUUCCUAACGGGCGGCGAGUCGACAUUCCUGUCCAACUGGGACCUGUACCUCAUCACAGCGCUGUUCGGAGCCCUGGGACUGGUGGUCUAUCUCCGCAGGCCCACGCAGCAGCCUGCCAACUGAACCGUAGACAAUCGUGAUGGCUAGAGACGAUAAAAGUGAUAAAUAGAUUUUAAUCGAUAAUAGUGAUAAAUCGAUUUGAAUCGAUUCAUAAUCGAUAAAGACAAUUGUGAAUACGUGGGAUUCGAGAGACUGAUCGAAUGUUUUAUGUAAUGUUUAAAAAUAAAUAAGGAAUGUAAUUUAUUUGUUUUAUAAAUAAGAGCAGAAUGUGAACACCUAAACUCGGAUAUCUAAUAUUAUGUACUGUAGUAAAAGUAUUCUGGAACAAUACUAAUUAAUAUUUUUUCUCUGUAGCAGUCUCUCCCCAAUAUGUCAGAAGUCAUGAAUAAAGGCUAUUUAUUAUCAAAUAAUAUGAAUUAACUGAGUUAUUAACAUUAAUGUUAUAACAAGACAUAGUUUUUUUAUUUAUAUAAAUGGAUGUUUUAGUGAAUUAUAUUUUAUUUGUAAAUCAGUUAUUUUUGGAAGAUAAAUACAACGCAUACAUUUCCUUUUUUCGAUCUUUUUAUGUAAAUAUUUACUAACAGUUUCUGAUAUUCAAUACAUGUAUAUAAAACAGCAGUGUAGGUGUUUGUACCACGCUUCUAACUGUAGGCCGUUUAUAUCAAAUCUAUUAUAAAGGUGCAUUCACACUUAUCGCCCUGAAAGCAUGUUUACAUCUUGAUAAAUGUGCUGGUUUAUCGCUUCUACAUGAAAUUUCCGAUUCAUUGUAAAUAAAUCGUCUCUUGAUUUUAUUAUGCAAUACAAUGUUUACUUAAAACUACUUUUUGUUAGAUUUUUAGACGUUGCAGUGGCCGUCUCCUUUGGCGAUGAGUGUGCGUUAAGCCUAAGUAUGCAAUUUAGUUAAUAUUUAUAAAACUUGCAAUCACACUUAACUUCAUAUUUUCUCUAUAUUGUUUGAUGUUUUUCUUUAAGAUGUUCCUCGUAAAUUAAUUUGUGAUGUUAAUAGCGAUGAUAUUGUAAAUAAAAGGAGUUAAGAUUAUUAAAA